AUGUCUGGAAACGUCGAUGAGGAGGCCAAAGUCACCCACACAGGCCCAAAGGGAGUGAUCAAUGACUGGAGGAGGUUUAAGCUUGAGAGCAUGGACCAGGAGUCCCUGCCCCCCCAGAAGAGAGAGCUGCUCAGGCAGAUGUCCUCCCCACACAGGCCCAAAGACGACGGCAGGGGAGGCCUCAACCGCAAGAUGAGCGUACAGGAGUAUGAGCUGAUUAAGGAGGAUGACGAGAAGUGCAUGAAGAAGUACCGCAAGCAGUGCAUGCAGGAGAUGCACGAGCGCCUCAGCUUCGGUCCCAAGUUCGAGGGCGUGUACGAGCUGGACAGCGGCGAGGCAUUUCUGGAGGUCAUUGAGAAGGAGCACCGGCUCACCGUGGUGGUGGUGCACAUCUACAAGGAGGGGAUCAAAGGUUGCGAUGCGCUCAACUCCUGCCUGGACUGCCUGGCCACCGAGUACACUAGCGUCAAGUUUUGCAAGAUCAACGCCGGGGUGACUGGUGCGGGAGAGCGCUUCACUGAUGACGUCCUGCCCACCAUGCUGGUGUAUAAGGCUGGCGAGCUGCUGGGGAACUUCCUGGCCACCAACCAGCACUUCAACGAGGAGUUCUUCGCCACCGACGUGGAGGCUUUCCUCAACGGCUACGGCCUGCUGCCGGAGAAAGAUUUAGUCGUUGGGGGAGAGGAGGAGGAGGCAGCCGUGGAUGUGGAGGCAGUGGAGUGAAGGGGUUGUGGAAGAGAGGUGUGUGGAGGAGGAGAUGGAGGACAGGGGUUUAUGGUGGAGUGGAGUGAUGAAGGGUUGGUGAGGUUGAAGGAGGGACGUGUGUGGAGGAGGAUAUGGUUUUGUGAUGGAUUGAUGCUUGUUUUGUGUAACAGAGUAGCAGACGCACACAGACUGGGUUGACUGCACUAGAGGGGCCUGAGCGUACUGUAGAAGGAGUCCAUUCCCUAAAUAAGGGAUCAUUUCAAUGUUCAUCCAGGGAAGAAACCUCAGCAGCCUGAAUACGGGUGGCCUGUGUACCUGAUGUGGAUUAGGGUUUGCAUUCCUACUAGAAAAGGACAGUUCCAGUUAACUUAUUGUUGGGAGCCAAAGUUGAUCUAUUAUUAGGCUACAUGUAUGAAAGGGGGAAAACAUGAUAUCACAUAUUGGGCCGAUUCUGAUUAGGAUUAC